GUCAGGCGGCCAAGAUGGUUGUCAAUGUUGAUAAGUGGUUUGGUUAUACGGUGGAUCGGUAACAAUAAACGACUGGGGCAGGGGUAUUAAGAAUAAUCGGCGUUAUGCCUGUCAAGUGAAAGCCCGUACCGAUGAAAAUCCACGCAUUAGGUUGGCCGUUGCGCGAGGAAUGGCAGCCUAUGGAAAUGUGGAGAAAGUACGACGUGCUAUGGACGUCGCACAAACUAUGAUUAAUUUGGCCGCUGAUCAGCUUGACGAUUUGCGGUCUCAGUGCUCCGUUAAUGCUCCGCUUACUCAGAAAGAAAUACGGCAAAUGGAGGCAAAAUUAAUAAAAUUAUACUCCAAACAACUUGCGGCAAAGGCUAAAUUGGCCGAUUCGUUACCAUCAGACAUGAUACAAUAUCCAUUGUUAGAACAAUGGUUGAGGGUAGUUGGUCUUACUGAGGACUCAAUACAGAUGGUUUGUUCUAAAGUUAAUACUAUUGAGGCCCUGAAGGAGAAGUCUGAACUUGAAUUAAAGGGUAUGUUAAAUGAAAAUUGUAUAUACUACAAGGAAGAAUGUCGUAGGCUUUGUAAAGCAUUGGACAUUCUAUGGCGAUACACUGAUAUUCUGAUAAGAGGAGCUAUGGAAAAAAAUGAUUCAGAUUUAUACUGGGAUUCUUGGGAUAGUUUACGCAAGGAAAUUUGUCCUAAAUCAAUUCUCUGUCGUACUACGCGGUGUUCCAUUCCAUCAGAGAGUAGCAUUCCAUAUCAUAAUAACAACAAUGAUGUAUUAGUACCAGCUUCUGCAAUAUCAACUUCUUUUUCAAUACCAAGUAAUCCUCCCUGUAUCUCAUUACCAAAGAGAGAGCUAGAGUUUGAAGUUAAACCUCUGCCUCCAGAAGUUAAAACUCCUCCUCCAUGUAGAAAACAUUUGAUUAGUGUACAAAAGAGGCCAUUACAAUCUGAAGUGCUUCCGUUAGCUAAGUCAAAAUCUCAUGAAUCACAAUUGGCAAAUCGUCGUCUUGCUAACAUAAUACAAUUUGAUAAUGAUGAUAUAUCAUUUAGUUUUAGAAAUAAUUCUUCUAUAGAGAAAAACAGCGAUUCUCCUGUAAGAAGAAAUCUACUAGCAGAACAAAAUUUAAAUUGCGGUACAACAGAUUCUGGAAAAGAAGAAAGUCCUUUAUCAAGCAACAGUAGUCCUAUUAAAUCACCCAUUAAAUCACCUAUUAAAUCACCUCUCUCUAUUAAAUCACCUGUUGAAUUACCUACUGAAUUACCUUUCAAUCAUCUUAAAUCACCUGUUAAAUCACCUAUAAAAUCACCUGUUAAAUCACCUGUUAAGUCAUUUGUUCGAUCACAUUUUAAAUCACCACCACCACCUCCAAUCUGUACCACAAAUCCAGAAAAUGAUGAUAAUCUUGAGGGAGCAGGAACAAGUCUCCAAGUGCCAAACUCUCCAUCUACUCCUGGUUCAUCUCGCGGCAUGAGUCAUGCAAUUACGCAUCGAUUUACCAAAUGUUUUAAUAUGAUGACAGUAUGUGACUAUUGUGAGAGACCAGUGUUUGUGAAUACUUUAAGAUGCAAGGAAUGUAAAUAUAGGUGUCAUCCAGAAUGUCUAUCCAAAGUACCCUCUUCUUGUGGCAUACCUCGAAAAUUCGUUGCUGCGUUUAAACGAUCUAUACAAUCUUUACAACAUUCGUUGAAUGUUUCCCCAGUAUUAAAGAGGACUGGCAUGACAUCUUCGAAUAAUGUAGACUUAUUACCCCCUUUAAAUCGCAAAGACAGGAGACGGUCAUACACACAAUCUUCUACAAAUAUACCUGUUCACGGCGAUUCUAAUUUAAAUACAUUCAGCCAUAAUCGCUCAACACCUUCUAGUCCAGCAUUGCUAUCAACCACUGUUAGCCACAGUACACAUUCGUUUCUAAGACAGUUUCAUUUUCCAGAUGUAAUGAUUAAAAAGGAGGCAUUAUCAGGAAAAUUACAUGAGAAGAGAUACAAAUCUGAAUCAGCGAUUUCGAAUGAUAAUAGAAGAAAAAAUGAUAUGGAUGAUACUUCAGAUUCAGAGGUAUCAAAGAGAAUUGAUUCUCAGGAAUCUUUAAGUUCUGACAGCGAAAUAGUUGAAAAUCCAUGUCGUUGGCCUCGACAAAAUAGCGUAUUGAUGCAAGAGUGGGACAUUUUAUAUAAUGAAUUGAAAGUUAGAAAUUUGAUUGGAAAAGGAAAAUUUGCUACAGUGUAUAGAGGUUUUUGGCAUGGGGAUACUGCAAUUAAAAUUUUAAAUAUGAGUUAUUAUUCAGAAGAUGAGAAGACAUUAGAAACAUUUAGAUUAGAGGUCGCCACAUACCGAAUAGCUCGGCACGACAAUAUAAUAUUAUUUUUAGGAGUUUGUACGAAACCUCCUCAAUUGGCUCUAGUGACUAGUUUGUCUAGAGGCAUAUCACUUUAUACUUGCCUUCAUAUACGAAAAGACAGAUUUACUUUGACUGAAAUUAAUUCUAUAGCUCAACAGAUAUGUCAGGGAAUGAAAUAUCUUCAUUCUCGCGAUAUAAUUCACAAGGAUCUUAGAAGCAAGAACGUAUUUGUAGAAAAUGGAAAAGUUGUGAUAUCAGAUUUCGGUUUGUUUAACAUUACCAAAUUGUGUCACGGAAAUAGGAAAGGAGAACCAUUGAAUAUACCACCAGGUUGGUUAUGUUACUUAGCACCUGAGAUUGUUCGACGAUUAAAACCAUUAAAUCGAGGUCAGGACAAGUUACCAUAUUCAGUAGAUUCUGAUGUUUAUGCAUUUGGGACUAUCUGGUAUGAACUAUUAUGUGGUGAAUGGCCUUUUAGAGGUCAACCUACCGAAGCUAUUAUUUGGCAAGUCGGAAAAGGAAUGAAACAAUCUUUAUCAUAUUUGCAAGCUUCCCGUGAUGUAAAGGAUAUUCUAAUGUAUUGUUGGUCAUACCAUGCAAAGAGACGUCUUGACUUUAUAGAGAUAAUAACUCUACUUAAAAGGCUGUCUCGCAAAAAAUUAGCACGUAGUUCCUCCAAUCCUACAAAUUGUACUCGUUCUGCAGAAUCUAUGUUUUGAAUACAUUUAAGUUUAUUUAAAUGCUGUUGUUCUUAUAAUGUAAAUAUAGAAUUAUUGCCAAUUCUUUUGUUCAAGAAAAGUAAAAUAAAAAUCACUGAAAGGUUCGCGCUUGUU